UUUUGUGCGCAUGGAUGCAGUGAUAUGAGGUUGCAGGCUGGCACGGAUGAGAUCUCGGUGAAGGGUGAACGCAGGAAUAAAGAGAGAGAGUGAGAGCGUGAGGGGGAUGCAGUGCACAAGGGCGGAGCUUAGCAUCAGGCAAUACCCCGUCUGAUUCUCUCUCUCUCUCCAUCUCUGAUCUCUGUGCGCUGACGCCGGUGAACACAUCUGUCCGUCUCUCUCUCCGCUGCUCUCCUGUCCUGUCUUCACCAGCGCCUCCGUCUUUCUUCUGGAAUAUUCUGAGCCACAGGAAGCGCAGGGAAUUGUGCGUCUGAUCGGUGUGUGUGUGUGUGUGUGUGUGUGUGAGGUGGCGAAACACACGCUGGUCUCGGCCGAGGGAAGGAUGGUUUUGCCGGAUGGUUUUGCGGCGGUUCUCAUCCGAGUGCGUGUCUCCCGGGCAACCGCGCCAUGAGCCGGACCAACCGCGUCCCCUGCUCAAUGCUCAACUGCUUCGGUGAGGAGGGGCCGCCCAGUCUGGAGUACAUUCAGGCCCGGGACCUGUUCCCCCAGAAAGAGCUGGUCAAAGAAGACGACGCUCUACAGGUCCCGUUCCCUGUCCUGCAGGGCGAGUGGGUCGAGUUCCUGGGCCGUGCGGGUGACGAUAUCAUCGCCAUCUCCAACUACAGACUUCACAUCAAAUUCAAAGACUCCAUCAUCAACGUUCCUCUGAGACUGAUUGAGGGCGUUGAGAGCAGAGAUAUGUUUCAGCUGCACAUCAUCUGCAAAGACUCCAAAGUAGUGAGGUGUCAUUUCUCGACGUUCAAGCAGUGUGAGGAGUGGCUGAAGCGCUUGAACAGAGCCAUAGCACAUCCGGCCCGUCUGGAGGAGCUGUUUGCGCUGGCGUAUCACGCCUGGUGUUUAGGAGGAAACACGGACGAUGAAGAGCAGCACCUGCAUCUGUGCAGACCAGGUGAUCACGUGCGGCACAGGUUGGAGGUGGAGGUGAAGCGGAUGGGAUUCGACAUGCAGAACGCCUGGAGAGUGUCUGAUAUCAACAGCAACUACAAGUUGUGUUCGAGUUACCCACAAAAACUGCUGGUGCCCGUCUGGAUCACAGAUAAGGAGCUGGAGAGCGUGGCCUCCUUCAGGUCCUGGAAGAGGAUUCCUGUGGUGGUGUACAGGCACCAGCGUAACGGGGCAGUCAUCACCCGCUGCAGUCAGCCGGAGAUCAGCUGGUGGGGCUGGAGGAACACCGAGGACGAGUAUCUGGUGACGUCUAUAGCGAAGGCCUGCCAGCUGGACGCCGGGCCGCGGGCCUGCAGGACCAGAGGAGACGGACCGGACUCUUCUGACAGUGACUUCGACUCUUCUCUGACGGGUUGUCCCGCUCCUGAUGCCAGCGGCGCAGCGCAAAAAUUACUGAUUCUGGAUGCCCGCUCUUACACCGCCGCCGUGGCGAAUCGUGCUAAAGGAGGAGGCUGCGAGUGUGAAGAGUACUAUCCCAACUGUGAGGUGAUGUUCAUGGGCAUGGCCAAUAUCCACUCCAUCAGAAACAGCUUUCAGUCACUCAGAACCGUUUGCAGUCAGAUCCCAGAUCCCGGCAACUGGCUCUCGGCUCUGGAAAGCACCCGUUGGCUGCAGCAUCUGUCUGUCAUGCUGAAGGCCGCGUCUCUGGUGUGCUCUGCGGUGGAGCGGGAGGGAAGGCCGGUGCUGGUGCACUGCUCAGACGGCUGGGACCGCACGCCGCAGAUCGUGGCCCUCGCAAAGAUCCUUCUGGAUCCCUUCUACAGGACCAUAGAGGGUUUUCAGGUGCUGGUGGAGACGGAGUGGCUGGAUUACGGUCAUAAGUUUGCGGACCGCUGCGGUCAUCAGGAGAGCGGUGAGGAUGUGAGUGAACAGUGUCCCGUGUUCCUGCAGUGGCUGGACUGUGUUCAUCAGCUCCUCAAGCAGUUCCCCUGCCUCUUCGAGUUCAACGAGGCCUUUCUGGUGAAGCUGGUUCAGCACACAUACUCCUGUCUGUAUGGCACCUUCCUGUGCAAUAACGCGAAAGAGCGCGAGGCCCGUAACGUGUAUAAACGCGCCUGCUCCGUCUGGUCGCUCCUCCGAAACGCCAACAAGAACUUCCAGAACUUCCUCUACAUCCCCUGCCAUGAUACGGUUUUGCAGCCGGUCUGUCACACGCGAGCGCUGCAGCUGUGGACGGCUGUGUAUCUGCCGUCGUCCUCGCCGUGCACCGCGGCUGAAGAUGCCAUGGAGAUCUACCUGAGCCCUUCGGCCGGAGGAGAGGAGUUCAGCUCGCGCUCCCUCGACAGGCUCCCCAAAACACGGUCGAUGGACAACUUGGUGUCUGCUUGUGAGAACGGCGUGACGCUCACCCGCACCUCGAGUGACCCCAACCUGAACAAGCACUGCCAGGAGGGACGUCCGGCGCUGGAGUCCAACCAACCCGCGGCCAUCCAGAGCCACGGUUCGUCCGAGGACCCACAAAUCGCCGGAUCGGUCGGCGCUGAGCCGACGCGUGAGGAAACUCAUGAGGACGAUUUGAGGGCGGAGCCUUGUUUGACAACCCAGCCUCUGCCGUAUUUGCCCCACCCCUUAGCGUUAGAUCAAGCCCCGCCCCUUCCGGUUAUAAACCAAGCUCCGCCUCAAAUUCCAAAUUGUUUAGUCAGGACUGCAGAAAACACAAAUCCGCCUCUUCUUUUUAACGGCUUUGCACACGUAGAAAACGCUAGCGGAUCUGUGAACUCUGAAGCGAUUGCGCCAUUGGAGGCGUCAGUGGAGACGCUAACGGAGCAAAGCGAGAUCCCUCCUUCUGGGAAAGCCACCGCAGUCGAAUCGCACCUUCCUUUCGAAGCGCCGGUACGAAACGGCGAACUGGUUCCCGCGAGAGAAAGGCCGCCACCCGCCGAUUACGCCAAAGCAGCGCGCCGUUUGAUUUCCCAAAGCCAGCUGACGGAGCUAUCGCUACUAGGUUCCCAAUGGGACAGCGUCCAAGGCCUUGUCCAGUCAGCCUGCGGUGGCGCCAUCCAACAUGGCAGCUAUCACGGCCGCCGACUGACGUGUCUGCGUGAGUCGGACGGCAGUGACGAGGAAGACUCUCUGUCCAAUCACAGCGAGGAUGGCUUCAGCGAGGGCAGCUGGGACCGUGUGGAGAGGAAGGACACAGAGGUCACCAGAUGGGUGCCGGAUCACAUGGCUUCUCACUGCUUCAACUGCGACUGCGAGUUCUGGGUUGCCAAGCGACGGCAUCACUGCAGGAACUGUGGUAACGUGUUUUGUAAGGACUGCUGCCACCUGAAGCUUCCCAUCCCAGACCAGCAGCUGUACGACCCGGUUCUGGUGUGCAACACCUGCUUCGACCUGCUGCUGGAGUCCCGCACGCGAGAGCUGCGCUCGCAACAGCUGAAGAAAGCCAUCGCCACCGCCUCCAGCUGAGACGGCCAAUCACAGCGCGCCACACACGCCGGCGUCCAAUCAGACGCUCUCUGCCUCGUUCCCCCCGGCAACCGCGAGACCAGGGCGAUUUAGAGUCCAGCUCUGAGACCGAUCCACACGUGGAAACGAGAUGGAGGAGAUCCAACAAACGAGCGCGGUUUGCGAUGGAGGGCCGUUUUUAUCUCUGCAAGUGAACUCCAAGCUUCUCUGGUUGAGGCCAGAACUGAACCCAAAGGGUCCUUGGGUUAAAAAAAAACCCAAAGAGAGGCGUUUCUUCAUCUCAAAUGCACCACACACAGCGGACAAUCACCUCCUUCCUUCAAACCCGGCGUCUAUCGAGAGGCUCACUAUUUAAAUCCAACCAAGCUGCUACAGUAUUUAAAAACGUCUCUAUCCUUAUUAUUUUGUGCACUACGGAGGGGGUUCGAGACCAAAACGGAGAGAUCUGCAGCUGUUUUCUCGCUGUGAAGCUUGAAUGUUCAAUUGUUUGGGUUAUUCUUAUUUUUGGGGAACUGGAGGGAUUCGCGGGUGCUGUUACUGAAUUAAAGCUGCCGGUUUGCAUUGAUUUGAUCGCAGUUUUGUGCACAGAGCGCGACCUAUUUCGUCUUUCAGCCGCUCCGGCAGAACCGAGCUUUAGCUGAACUGUGAAAUGGUUUCACUCUCGUUUGAUGUGAAAUACACGACUUUAAAUGCCAAAAUCAACCUCGAAUUCCAACAUAUCAAUAAUAUAUAAACAAAAUCACUGCUCAGUUCAUGUUUAAUCUGGCUGGUUGUGUGUUUGUUGCAGGAAACGCAAGAAAAAAAACAGCAAGCUGAACAUUUCUGCUGUAUGUUGUUGUGUACGUUAUGGUAAAACUAGCUGCUCCGUCUACGUUAGCGUGUUUCUAUCACUUCAUCUGAACAAACCAGUGAUGAUAAUUCAUAUUUGAAUCGUACAAAGGGAAACCGGUGGCGAUUGAAAGGACUUUUGUAUUGGAGGGCUCAUGAUCUCAACAGCAUUACAUGUGCUAGGAUUUCUUUUUCAUGUCGUCUGCGUCUUCGGCUCUACAUUGAUUGUGUUUUGUUAACGGUGAACCUCUCAACAGUGCCACGUGUGUUUGAUUUUCUCAUGGAUUCACUGAUUUGUAACUUUAACUUGUUCAAUGGUACAAUAACUAGAGGCUUAACAACGAGAAGAUGAUUGGUUGAGAAUCGAUGAGGUUAAAAACACUGAGAACCCGCUUGAUUUUUCUUCCCCGUGGUGCUGAUGAAGGACACUUUUUUGAGUUAAAUGCAUUAAAAGAGGAACCCAGAAAUGUGAUGUAUAGUUAUUUGGUCUGUAAUAGUGGCUAAUAUUUGUCACUUAGUGAAUAAUUGUUGUAAAGAAAUGCACUGUACAAGUUCAAUCCCAUGGGUUAAAUAAAAAGAUACGUCUUUAUCA